AUGGCCGCCGUGCAGACUCUCCUCCGCCGGACCCUCGGCGUCAGAAACAGCCCGCAAUUGCUAUCGACCCAGUUGAGCAGCCCUCUCCGGACUUUCACCACCACCCGAUCCGCCCAGCGAGACACCCGACCUGUUCCCAAAUUCCCUAAAACAUCCAACGAAGAGCUCGACGAACUUCUCCGAGACCUCCGCGAGAACUACUUCAUCCCCGCCCACCUCCCCAAAGAAUACCUCCGCCUCGCCACCCGCCCCAAAAACCAUGACCGCCUCCUAUCGGACCCCGUCAGCAUCAUGCUCGACGACGAGCCCUACACUCUGACCCCCAAGCCUGAAAGGCCCGGCACCCCCGUCAGUAUGUUCAAAAAGGCCCUUGACCUCAUGUCCGAGAAGUCCGACUAUGCCACCAUCCCCGAGCUCAUCCGCGGCUACUACCAGGCCAACGGUGCCCUCAGCAGCACCUUCCUCCACCGCAUGGUCCGCCACCUCAUCCGCGUCGGCCGCGUCGAAGUCCUCAUGGACAUUGCGCGCUCCGCGGACAAGACCGAUUUCCGCUUCCAGCGCAGGCUGGCCCGCGACUUCAUGAUGGCGCUCAGGGAGCGCCAUAUGAAGUCGCAGAAGGCGGGCAUCAUGAAGGGCCUCAGGGACGGCACGGUGCUGCUGGAUAUUGUGGGAAAGAGGGAGCUGACGCUGGAGCCGGAGUCGGAGACGAGGUAUUGUGAUGAUCCGAUUGUCCUGGGAGGCCUCCUGUGGAUGAGGUCGGAUGCGGCGCUGCAGUUUAAGACUGUGGAGUGGUUGAAGGAGCAUACGAGUGAGAUUGCGCUCAGAUUGAAGGCUGCGUGGAAGCAGGUGGAUUUUGAGCCCAGUUUGGUGGAGUAUGAGGAUAGGCGGUCGGCGACGCAGAUGAAGAUGUCGUAUUAUAACGCUAUGCAGAUGAUUAAGGGCUACAAUGUGGUGCUGGAGGCGCUGCUGCAGGCGAAGAGCGUGCUGGCUGGGUCGGAGCUGUCGCCGUGGUUGGAGGCCGAGAGUGAAAGGCUGGCGGUGCUGGUCACGAGGCUGAGCACGUAUCUGAAGAAGCAUAGGCCACUUUUGUUCUCAAGGCCGGAGGGGAAGGAGAAGAAGGGUGUGGAGGAGGAGGUGGAGGAAGGUAAAGAGGCUUUGUAG